UUCUGGUUUAAAUCUACGCUUUCGGUCCCAAGUCUCCACAUCCUGCCCGGGGUUCGCUCCUGCCCUUCCCACCUCCGGAGAUCCCGGCGCGGCCCUGAGAGAUUCCGAGCGCUGGUCGCUCCGCCACCGGCCGGGGAUCCGCGUCCUUUUCGGUGUUAAGUCGCGCUGAGGCGGGUCCCUGCCCCGGGCUCUCUGCCCUCGGGCCGUGCACACGCCGCUUGCCGCGUCGUAUUCCGGCUUAAACCGUCCCCGACCCCCGCCCGCCUGCACCGAGUGGGUCCUCACCGGGGGUCUCUGGCGACAUGCCGCCCCUCCUGCAGUGUCGCCCCAGAAGGGCCGCCGGCCCUCUCCCGGCCCUGGGACUCUGAGACCCCACCGCUCUCCGGAGACCCCGACCUCGCGUCUUCUUACCUGUAAAGAAAAACUGCGACUUGUCUCGCUCAAUUCUGUUUCACUCUCUUCCUUUUACAAGAGGGAUAAGAUAGUCAUUUGCGAAAAAGGAUAGUUUUACUUCCUCGUUCCGGAUUUGGAUGGCUUUUAUUUAUUUAUUUCUACCCUAAUUGCUCUGUGUAGGACUUCCGGUACAAUGUUGAAUAGCAGUGGCGAGAGUGGGCAUCCUUGUCUUGUUCCUGAUGUUAUUGGGAUUGACUUCUCAAGAUUGAGCUUGCCUGAGAAAGAAGGUCACGGAAAGAAAAGAUAAAGAGGAGUUCAGAAUGACUCCGUCCCAGAGACUGCUGACAUUCAGGGAUGUGGCCAUAGAAUUCUCUCAGGAGGAGUGGGACUGUCUGGAUCCUGCGCAGAGGACUUUGUACAGAGACGUGAUGUUGGAGAACUACAGAAACCUGGUCUCCCUCGGAAUCCCUCCUUCUGAGAUAAAUAUCAUCUCCAUUUUAAAAAAAGGGACAGAGCCCUGGACUGUGGAGAAGACGAUGAAAGUAGCAAAAAACCCAGAUGUCUUUUCUACAUAUAUGAUCAAGGAGUUAUCAGCAAAAGAGAUCAUUGAUAAAGGAGAAUUAUUCCAGAGAGUGAUUUUGGAAAGAAAUGAAAGUCAUGGCAUUGAAGAUUUUCACUUCAGGCAAGUUAGGAAAAAUGUGCCUGAGUUUCAGAGUCAGUGGGGAAAAGAUGAACGAAAUAACAAAGGAGUGAUUAUGGCCCAUAACAAAAUUUUAACUGGUAGAAGAGAUCAACAUGUUAACAGAGAUGCAAGAAACAAGUGUGUGACAUGUUGUAAAAAUAUAACUGAAUUAAGCUUUCAGUCCCAUGUGGCUGAAAUGCAGAAGUUUCACAUUGGAGAGAAAAUGUGUGAAUGUCAUCAAGUGGAGACAUCUAUCAGCAAUGGAUCUUCAGUUCCAUCCCUUCAAAGAAUUCCUUCUAGUGUCCAAAGCAGCAUUUCUAAUGAAUGCAGGGAUGUUUUUGUGCCUCCUUCAUGGUUUCUACAACACCAGAAAACCUACAGCAGAGAAAAACCUUACAAAUGUAAUCAGUGUGGGAAGUUGUUUAGCCAAAGGUCAGUCUUUACUAAUCAUCAGAGAAUUCAUUGUGUGCAGAGAUCUUACAAAGGUAAUGAAAGUGUCAAAACCAUUUACUGUGGCUCACUCACUAAACAUCACAGAAUCAAUACUGGAGAAAAACCAUGUAAAUGUCAUGUAUGUGGCAAAGUAUUUAGUCUACAUUUAAGCCUUAGAACACAUCAGAGAUUUCAUACUGGAAAGAAACUUUACAAAUGUAAUGAAUGUGGUAAGGAAUUUAUGAGACCUGCAUACCUGUGGGGUCAUAAAAGUAUUCAUAGUGGAGAGAAACCUUACCAGUGUAAUGAAUGUGGUAAGGCUUUUAUCUACAGAUCACAACUUGUACAACAUCAGCAAAUUCACAGUGGAAGGAAACCUUACCAAUGUAAUAACUGUUGUAAGACUUUUAGCCGAAGGUCAUUCCUUAUUAAUCAUCAGAAAAUUCAUUUUGGUCGGACAUCUUACAAAUGUAAUGAGUGUGGUAAGGCUUUUUCUGGAAGAUCAAGUCUUGUGGAACAUCAGAGAAUUCAUAGUGGAGAGAAACCUUACAAAUGUAAUGAAUGUGGCAGAACCUUUAACUGGAGCUCAAACCUCACUAAACAUCAGCGAAUCCACACUGGGGAGAAACCAUAUAAAUGUACUGUAUGUGGCAAGGUCUUUAGUAGACGUUCAGGUCUUACUCGCCACCAGACAACUCAUAGUAGAGAACAACCUUACCAAUGUAAUGAAUGUGGUAAAGCAUUUAUCUGGAAAUUAAGUCUAGUUGAACAUCAGCGAAUUCAUAGUGGGGAGAAACCUUAUGAAUGUAAUGAAUGUGGCAAGGCUUUUAUCUACAGAUCAAAACUUGUGCAACAUCAACAAAUUCACAGUGGAGAGAAACCUUAUCAAUGUAAUAAAUGUUGUAAGGCUUUUAGCCGAAGGUCAGUCCUUAUUAAUCAUCAGAGAAUUCAUUUUGGUCAGAGACCUUACAAAUGUAAUGAAUGUGGCAAAACCUUUAACUGGGGCUCAAACCUCAGUAAACAUCAGAGAAUCCACACUGGGGAGAAACCAUAUAAAUGUAAUAUAUGUGGCAAAGUCUUUAGUCGACGUUCGGGCCUUACACGUCACCAGACAAUACAUAGUAGAGAGAAACCUUACCAAUGUAAUGAAUGUGGUAAGGCUUUUACCCGAAAAUCACGUCUUUUGGAACAUCAGAGAAUUCAUAGUGGAGAGAAACCUUAUAAAUGCAAUGAAUGUGGUAAGACUUUUACCCGAAAAUCACGUCUUUUGGAACAUCAGAGAAUUCAUAGUGGAGAAAAGCCUUACAAAUGCAAUAAAUGUGGUAAGUCUUUUAUCCAGAGAUCAACCCUUGUGAAACAUCAGGCAAUCCAUAUUACAGAGAAACCUUACAAAUGUAAUGAAUGUGGGAAAGCCUUUAAGUGGAACUCAAGUCUCACAAGACAUCAGAGAAUCCAUUCUGUAGAAAAACCAUAUAAAUGUGAUACGUGUGACAAGGGCUUUGGUCAUCCUGAAAGCCUUAGAUCUCAUCAGAGAUAUCAUAAUGGAGAAAGAUCUUGCAAAUGUGUUAAAUGUGGUAAGACUUUUAGCAGUCAGUCGGCCUUACAGAAUCAUAAGAUAAUUCAUAGUGGAGAGAGUCCUCACAAAUAAAUGUGGUAAGGCUUUUUCCAGAAGUUCAAAACUUGUGGAACAUCAGCGAAUUCAUAGUGGAGAGAAACCUUACAAAUGUGAUGAAUGUGGAAAGGCUUUUAUUUCUAAAGAUUAAAUCUUAGUGAACAACAGGGAAUACAUUCUGUCUAGAGAUUUUACAAAUGUAAUAAGUGUGGCAAAGGUUUUAACUCUCAUUCAGACCUCACCAGACAUCAGAGAAUGUAUACUGGAGAGAAAACAUAUAAUGUAUGUGGCAAGGUCUGUACUCAGCACAAAUCUUAAAACUCAUUUGAGAAUGCAUAGAGGAGAGCAACCUUACAAAUGUAAUGAAUGUGGCAAGAAUUUUGUCCAUGCUUCAGGACUUGUUGAACAUCAGGUAAUUCAAACUGGAGAGAAACCAUACAAAUGUAGUGCAUGUGGCUGAGAUUUUGCCAGAUGUUUUCCCCUUCGGAACCAUAAGAAAAUUCAUACUGGAGAGAAACCUUAAAAAUGUAGUGAAUGUGGCAAGGCUAUUAGCAGUCAAUCAAUUCUUCAGGGUCAUGAGAGAAUUCAUAUUGGAGACCAAAAAUUACAAAUGUAAUGAGUGAAGGAAAUUCUUUAAAUGUGGCUUAAAUUUUAUAUCAGAGAAUCCAUAAUAGAGAGAAAUUGUAUAAGUUUAAUAUAUGUGGCAAAGUAUUUAAUGACGUUAAAAGGCUUAAAGCUUAGCACAGAAUUCAUACUGCAGAGAAACCUUAGAAAUGUUGUUAACGUAGGCUUUUAUGCAAAGGUCAAAACUUGUGGAGCAUCAGACAGUUUAUACUGGAGAGAAACCUUACUCAUGAAUGUGAUAUGGCUUUUAAUCACCCUUCAUGCUUUGUAGAGUGUCAGAGAAUUCAUAGUAGAGAGAAACCUUACAAUUUAGUAAGUUGCAAACCCUUUAAACUUAGACUGAAGGGGACAGAGGCAGGAGGAAAGGAAAGAAUGCUGUCUGUCUCUUGGAAUUCUACAGGCAAGAAACAGGCCAAAGGUGCUACACCUGUUGUCCUCUAAGAAAGGAAAAAGACCAUCCCUGGAGUAGCUUGAAGAUCAGCAGAAGUGUUUGAAGGAGCAUGAGAAGCAGGGCCUUCUCAGUUUCAAAGGGUGGGGCCUAGGUCUCAAAGAAUGAGGCCACAGCCUCCUAGGUUUCAAAGAGUCAGAUCCUUGCCAAUUUGGUUCCAGAGGGUGGGGCUGUCAUUAAGACAUGCCAGGGGCAUAAGGCUACUGCCCAAAGCUGAGGAGUUGGAGCUACUGUGCCCAAGGUACAGAAGAAUGAGGCCUACCGGGGCAGUGGGGUUGCCACUCAGAUGGAUUAAGAGAAUGAAGCCCCCCAAAGUGGAUGGAGCAGUAUUGCUGUCUCAGUUAAGCAUGGAAGGCAGAGCUAAAGCCCAGGGCCAAGAGGCUUCCGUCUAGGAUCCAGAGGGCAUGGCCAUUGCCCAGAUGGUUCCAAAGAACAGAGGAUUAUUUCCAAGUCUGCAUGCUUCCUGAUUGUGUUCCCGUGUUGUAGCCUGUUGAUCCUGAUCCUGAGUUGUAACCUAUUACUUCCGUAAUAAAUCCCAAGAUUGAGAGUAUGGUCUAUGAAUUCUCUUUGGCCACUGCUUACAGGUUAUUGAACCCAGCGGAAAAGUAGAGAGUGCUGUGGGAGGGAUGGCUGGUGUCAGAAUUGGUAAAAAGGUUAGAGAGAGGAGGUAUGUCUGACCUCCAUCUCGUAGGAAUCCACUUUGGGCUGAUGCUGAUGGUAAUUCCCUCACCUCCUCGUCAAGAGGUUAGAGGAGGUCAGACUCCACCAUACCAUUUUUUACAGCGAGGAUCAUUCAUAUCAAUAUUCCCUUAAAAAAAAAGCAAACCCCAAACCCAUUGCCAUCAAGUCAGUUCUGACUCAUAGCGACCCUAUAGGACAGAUUAGAACUGCCCCAUAGGGUCUCCAAGGAGCAAGUGGUGGAUUCAAGUUGCCAAACUUUUGGUUAGCAGCUGAGCUCUUAAACCACUGUGCCACCAGGGCUCCUUUUCCCUAAAAGGACCCUGAAUUUUAACAUAUGUUGUUCCCACCAAGUCAGUUCUGACUCAUGGUGAUCACAUGUGUGCAGAAUAGAACUACUCCAUAGGAUUUUGAAGACUGACCUUUCAAGAACCAGACUCCCAGGCCUGUCUUCUGAGGUGGCUCUAGGUGGUUUCAAAUUGCCAGCCUUUCGGCUAGUAGUGAAAUGAUAAACUGUUUUUGCCACCCAGGGACUCCUUUAACAUACAAUAUGGUGACAAUUUGAGAGCGUGGGAAGGAGUGAAGAAUCAAUGUAAAACAAUGACUAAAUCAUUAUAAGUGUGUUCAGAGCCACCUUCAACAGAGUAUCAUUGUGAGGUAUGUUGUUGUUGUUGUUAGGUGCCAUCAAGUCGGUUCUGAAUCAUAGCGACCCUAUGCACAACAGAAUGAAACACUGCCUGGCCCUGCGCCAUCCUUACAAUCUUUGUUAUGCUUGAGCUCAUUGUUGCAGCCGCUGUCAAUCCGCCUCGUUGAGGGUCUUCCUCUUUUCCGCUGCCCUGUACUCUGCCAAGCAUGAUGUCCUUCUCCAGAGACUGAUCCCUCCUGACAACAUGUCCAAAGUAUGUAAGACGCAGUCUUGCCAUCGUUGCCUCUAAGGAGUAUGCUGGCCGCACUUCUUCCAAGACGGAUUUGUUUGUUCUUUUGGCAGUCCAUGGUAUAUUCAAUAUUCUUCGCCAACACCACAAUUCAAAGGCGUCAACUCUUCUUCGGUCUUCCUUAUUCAUUAUCUAGCUUUCGCAUGCAUAUGAUGAGAUUGAAAAUACCAUGGCUUGGGUCAGGUGCACCUUAGUCUUCAGGGUGACAUCUUUGCUCUUCAACACUUUGAAGAGGUCCUUUGCAGCAGAUUUGCCCAAUGCAAUGCGUCUUUUGAUUUCUUGACUGCUGCUUCCGUGGCUGUUGAUUGUGGAUCCAUUGUGAGGUAUAGGAAAGGAUUAUUCUACCAAGAGACCGUGAAACAGCUGGUCAAGAUUUUGAGGGUGAGACAUUUUCAUGGGUGCAGAUUGAUAAAUUACGAAGGACAGUUUAUGUGGUAGAAAUACUAGAAGGCUAUUGAUGGUUACCCCAUUUGAAUUGCAGUAGAUGUUCUGUAUCAAACAUGAAUGAAAAAUUAGUUCUUGGAAACUGAAAUGAGAGCAGUUGUUGGGGAAGUAUCAUGGAUUGAAUUGUGUCCCCCCAAAAUGCAUGUCACCUUGGCUAGGCCAUGAUUCCCGGUAUUGUGUGGUUGUCCACCAUUUCAUGAUCUGAUGUGAUCAUCCUAUGUGUUGUAAAUUCUAAUCUCUGUGAUGUUAAUUAGGCAGGAUUAGAGGCAGUUAUGUUAAUACAGCAGGACUCAAUCUACAGGAUUAGGUUGUAUCUUGAGUCAAUUUCUUUUGAGUUAUAAAAGAAUCAAGCAGAGAGGAGGGGGACCUCAUGGCAUGAAAAAAGCACCAGGAGUGGAGCACAUCCUUUGGACCUGGGUUCCCUACACUGAGAAGCUCCUAGUCCAGGGAAAGACUGUCCAGAACCAACAGAGAGAGAAAGCAGUCCCCAGGAGUUGUUACCCUGAAUUCAGAUUUCGAGCCUCCCAGACUGUGAGAAAAUAAAUUUCUGUUUGUUAAAGCCAUCCAUUUGUGGUAUUUCUAUUAUAGCAGCCCUGGAUAACUAAGAAAUUUGUAUGAGGAGUGGGUGCUUCUCUAACAUAACUAAAAUGUGGAAGCAGUUUUGAAACUGAAUGUGUAGAGGCUGGAAGAAGUUUUAAGGUGCCUUGAAGAGACCUUUAGUGGGAUUAUGGACAUCAAAGACAAUUCUGGUAAGGGCACAAAAGGAAGUGAGAGGUGUAACACAAGAUUGUGCAGGCCGCAAGAAGCAGCAGCAGAGAAACAUCAGCAGCAGAAUCGAGAUUAGUGCAAGACAGCGUGUGAGCCCACCCACAGAGAGAGCUGAGUUCCUUUGCACAGGAGGCUUGCUGGCAGAGUGGGGUGCCUUUGGGUACUUAGUGGUGGAGCUCAGCUUGCUGACCCAUGGAGCCAGAGCUGAGUGCUUUGAGGCCAAGGUUUAGUGGUGGAAUGGGGCGUCUCCAGGUACUUGUGUAUACCAGGUACUUAUGUAUAGGUAGAGCUAAAGAGCUUUGGAACACUUGUUCAAGCAGGGCAGACUGUGGGCCAGCCCAAGAGGCCCAAGGGGCUGAGAGACCAAAGAACCAGGAAACAGCGCUGCCUCAGUCUCAAAGGGUAGUACCACGAACUCUGGAGUCUCAAAGGGUGGAACCAUGGCUUCUGGGGUUUCAAAAGGUGGGUCCACAGUCUAAAAGAGUCAGAUCUUCAUCAACUCAGUUCCAGAGUGUGGGGCUGCCUUUCAUGAGUGCCAACAGUGUGGGGCCAGAACCACUGCCCAAAGCUGAGGGGGCGGGGUUUCCAUGCACAAGGGGCAGAAGAGUGGGGCCUGUUGGGAACAAGGGGAUAGGGUAACCACUCAAAUGAACUAGGAGAAUGAGGCCACCCAAAUGCAAGGGAGCAGAGUUGCCAUUCCAGUGGGCCUGGAAGGUAGAUCUAAAGCCCAGGGCUGAAGGGCCUCACCCAGAAUCUGGAGAGUGGCCAGCACUCAGAGUCUGGUGGGCAGGGCAUUUCCUAAAUGGUCUCAGGGAAGAGAGGAUUAUUUUCAAGCCUUGAGAGCUAAUGUGUUCUGCUGUCUUGCUUGGUGCCUGUUGUCCCUUUCCUCCCAAUUUCUCCAAUUUGUGAUGGAAAUAUCUAUAUUACGGUUGUUCCACCAUUGUACUUUGGAAACAAAUAACUUGUGUUCUAGAUGUCAAAGAUGAAGUGGAAUUUGCAAAAGAUGAGAUUUUAGACUUGGAUUUCAUUUACAACUUUGGGAUGAUAUAAUGGGGUGAAUGUGUUUUACAUGUGACAAGUACGUGAAUUUGGAGGGGGGCCAAAGGGUGAAAUGUCAUGGAUUGAAUUGAAUCCCACCAAAACCUGUCGACUUGGCUGUAGUUUCAAACAUUUUGGUAUAGUCCACCAUUUUGGAAUCUGAUAUGAUUAUCCUAUGUGUUGUAAGUCCUAACUUCAAUGAUGUUAUUGAGGAGGAUUAGAGGCAGAUGUGUCAGUGAGCCAGGACUCAAACUAUUGGAUUAGAUUGUAUCUUGAGUCAAUCUCUUCAGAUAUAGAAGAGAGAACUGAGGAGCAAAGAGUAGGGGAACCUCAAACCAUGAAAGAAGCACUGGGAGAGGAGCAUGUCUUUUGGACCCAGGUCCCUGUGCUGAGAAACUCCUAGACAAGAGAAAGAUUGAUGAAAAGGACCUUCCCCCAGAACCCAAAGGGAGAGCACAUUCUCCAGGAGCUGGUGCUCUAAAUUCAGACUUCUAGCCUCCUAGACUGUGAGAAAAUAAAUUUGUUAAAACCAUCCACUUGUGGUAUUUCUGUUAUAGCAGCACUAGAUGACUAAGACAGGAGGGUUUAAUUAAAAAAAAAAUACACUGUAUAUAUGUUCACUUCCCAUUUGUUGUUGUUAGAUGCUGUCAAGUUGGUUCCAACUCCUAGCGACCACUUCAGAUUUGUUGUUGUUAGGUGCCAUUGAGUCGGUCCUGACUCAUAGCAACCCUGUGUACAACAGAAUGAAACACUGCCCAGACUGGGGCCAUCCUCACAAUUGUUAUGCUUGAGCCCAUUGUUACAGCCACUGUGUCAAUCCAUCUUGUUGAGGUUCUUCCUCUUUUUUGCUGGCCCUCUAUUUUACCAAGCAUGAUGUCCUUCUCUAGGGACUGAUCCCUCCUGAUAACAUGUCCAAAGUAUGUUAGACACAGUCUCACCAUCCUUGCUUCUCAGGAGCAUUCUGGUUAUACUUCUUCUAAGACAGAUUUGUUAUGUGCUUUUGGCAAUCCAUGGUAUAUUCGAUAUUCUUCGACAACACCACAAUUCAAAGGCAUCAAUUCUUCAGUCUUCCUUAUUCAUCAUCCAGCUUUCGCAUGCAUAUUAGGUGAUUGAAAACACCAUGGUUUGGGUCAGGCUCACCUUAGUCUUCAAGGUGACGUCUUUGUUUUUCAACACUAUAAAGGG